AUGAUUAAUGAGUACCGCAACGGACGCACACCGAACCCUGAUGUUCUUUGCAACACAAGAAUAAAGUUUGGAGCUUUCUUAGAAGCAAUUGAAAAUUUGGGAUUUGAUUACAUAGCUUCAGGACAUUAUGCACAUGUAGUCCAUCCACCUGUUGAGAACGCUGAAGAGCCAUUGGUGCUCCAACUUUCGAAAGACGAGAUCAAGGAUCAAACUUAUUUCCUCUCACAUCUCUCUCAAGCCCAGCUUAGAAGGCUUCUUUUUCCACUGGGGUGUAUAACAAAGGAUGAAGUUCGCAGUCUGGCUGUUCAGAUGGACCUUCCUAACCAAGCUAGAAAGGAUUCUCAGGGGAUAUGUUUUCUCGGAAAGGUCAAAUUUAGUGAGUUUGUUCAAAGACAUAUAGGAGAAAUGGAGGGUAUACUUCUUGAGGCUGAAACUGGAGAUUACCUAGGGAUGCACCGUGGGUUUUGGUUCUAUACGAUUGGUCAGCGACAAGGUUUGCGACUUUCUGGAGGACCUUGGUAUGUUGUGGAGAAAGACGUGCAAAAUAAUGUGGUUUUUGUAUCAAGGAAUUACUAUUCACUGGAUAAGAGGAGACGAACUUUUCGUGUUGGAUCGUUAAACUGGUUUAGCGAUUCUGGGCCAGCAGACAAUGAACGCCUUAAAUGCAAGGUACGGCACAGUCCUGAUUUCCAUGAUUGCACCGUGACAAAAGAGCAAACCGAAGAGAACGGAGAUGUUUUGGCGGUUCGUCUGUCCGAAGACGACCAGGGUUUAGCAGCUGGCCAGUUUGCAGCGUUCUACCGUGACAGUGCGUGCCUGGGGUCAGGCAUAAUCCUGGAUUCCUGGGACGAAAUGAGCUUCCCUGUGUGCGCAAAGGCGCUGGAAACCGCUAGGAUGGAGGACAAGUCCAAGCUGGGGAAGCCCGUAAGGAUCAUGAACCUGGAGCAUCUUGUGAAGCCAGAACCGGAGCCGGCCAAGUGUGAAAGUUGA